AUUUCCGAACAGUUGAUUAUCACGUCCUGCGAAAGAAAAUGGUCAUCAAAGACAGUGAGUUCGAGGAUUCGCUCAACUACGCGCUGCUUCGCGGCGAUAUGGGCACAACCUGGGAUAUCAACAAAGAUGAGCGCAUGAUGAACGGGACUCUGGAUCCGGAGUUGAUUCAGCGAGCCAAGGAACGUGCUAUCCGGGCGCAGUUGAAUUCGGCAGAUGGAGAUACCUGUGAGCUUCACGACCAGUUCUACCGAGAUCAUAAACUGUUGUUGGUGUUGUUUCGUGCUCUGGCUGUGAUGCCUAUUCUAAGAUCGUCACCCGGAAGAAUCACCUUCGACUGGAGAUCCUGGGCCUCGAUCUACGCUUACUGCUUCUACGUUGUUAGCACUGUGAUUGUACUCAUUGUGGGAUACGAACGGCUUAAGAUUCUACAAGAUACCAAGAAAUUCGACGAAUACAUCUACGGAGUUCUGUUCAUAAUUUUCUUGGUACCACACUUCUGGAUUCCAUUCGUAGGAUGGGGAGUAGCAAAACAUGUCGCUGUCUACAAAACGAUGUGGGGAGCGUUUCAAGUUCGAUACUACCGCGUUACGGGAACCAACCUCCAAUUCCCGCAUCUCAAAAUCCUCAUCGUCAUGUUCUCGAUUGGCUGCUUGGUCUGUGCCAUAGUGUUUCUCUUGUCGCUCAGUUUCCUCCUGGAAGGAUUCGCCUUGUGGCACACUUCCGCUUACUAUCACAUCAUCACCAUGCUGAACAUGAACAGUGCUUUGUGGUACAUCAACUGUCGCGGAAUACGGGUAGCCUCGUCCAGUUUGUCCGACCGUUUCCGCAAGGACGUUGCCAUCGAAUGUACCGCGGCAAUGAUUUCGCAGUAUCGCUUCCUCUGGUUGAACCUCAGCGAGCUGCUGCAAGCCCUGGGAAACGCCUACGCUAGAACUUAUUCCACAUAUUGUCUUUUCAUGUUUGCCAACAUUACGAUUGCCAUCUACGGAGCCCUGUCGGAAGUAAUCGACCACGGGUUCGGGUUUUCGUUCAAGGAAAUUGGACUAAUCGUAGACACGGUGUACUGUUCGACCUUGCUGUUCAUUUUCUGCGACUGUUCCCACAAUGCUACGCUACAGGUGGCCCAAGGUGUUCAGGAUACGCUACUUGGGAUCAACUUGCUGAAGGUGGACCAUCCCACUCAGAAGGAGAUCGAUCUGUUCAUACAGGCAAUCGAGAUGAAUCCGGCUAUCGUGAGCCUGAAGGGUUAUGCCGAAGUGAACCGGGAGCUGCUGACGGCGAGCAUUGCCACCAUUGCGAUCUACCUGGUUGUCCUGCUGCAGUUUAAGCUAUCGUUGAUUUCGCAACAAAUGCCGAUUGAAUUGAUGGAAAUCAAGCACAGUCAUAAGGGAUAGUGAAAAAUACUAUGAAAAUCAAAUAAUAUAUUGAUUGUGUCAACAAAUGAAUAAUUGAAGCAAACGUUUUAGAUCAUCCAGUUAUACUUAGACUGUGAAAUAUAAAACCACAUAAAUUUGUAAUCCCAAGACAUCAUAUGGGUAUUACGAAGUCGGUAGUAAGUAACCUUAGUCCUUUGAUUAAUAAAAUACUAUCGAGACAAAAUUGAUACUUGAUAGGUUUCAAUUCGCUAUGUUGAAUAGACUCUUUUCAGACGAACCUCUGUUUACCCGACCAUCAUUACCUAUGCUAGUAGUGUCGUUUGGGUGUUCAUUGGAAUGCUGCUUGAAGUUGAUAACUUUUGGGUUUCUAAAACGGAGAAAUAAGCUAUUCAAAAAAUUUUAA